AUGGAUCCUGACACCGAUUAUGACACCGCGCCCGAAUCAAAUGAGCCCGAAACACGGCCUAUCCUGUUCUAUCAUCGCCACGAACCUCACUUUGGAUUUACGAAUUUCUCGGAUCAUCCUGUUGAGUAUCAUGGACGGGUAUAUCCGACGAGCGAGCAUUUGUUCCAGUCGUUUAAGUUCAUGAAGUAUCGGCCUGAUAUUGCGGAAAUGAUUCGGUCGUGUGGUACUUCAAGGGAGGCGUUCGAUCUGGCCCGUCGGUAUAAGGAUGACGUGCGCUCGGAUUGGUUGAAAGUGAACGUAGCGAAGAUGGAGAAAGUCGUCAACCUCAAGUUCACACAGCAUCCCUUAUUGAAAGAUGAACUCCUUGCUACCGGUGAUGCACCACUCGUCGAGGCUGCCGCCGUGGACGCGUUCUGGGGCUACGGUCCGGAUGGAAAAGGGAAGAACGAGCUCGGAAAAGCGCUGGUGAGAUUGAGGAAGAGGUUUCGUGACGAGGAGAGGUGA